AAAAUGGUUCUAACAUAUAACUACAAUACUGAACGCCCGGGAAAAGACUGGGUUCUGAAGACUGAUCAUGGUUUGGACGGUGACUCCCUUUCCUACCUGGAUAUGCAGGAGAGGAACAACCAGGAGGAGAACAGGAGAUCCAGGGAGAGGAUUAUCAUGGACGAGGGAAGAGCGCUGUGGGAGAUAAAGAAGAGAGAGGAGGAAGACCUCAUCAUGAAGGAGAUGAACGAGAUUAGGGAGCUUAAUAAAAACAAGAUUUUCGGAAGACCGGGGCAUGGUGCUCCCACCUAUGAUGUUCGAAAGAAGAAGUUUACUGAACAUCAACUAGACCAUGUUCAGCAGGCGCAGGUGGUUGGAGGUAGAGGAGGGGGUAGCUGGGACGAUGAAGGAUUAUCUGAAUAUGUUCCCCCGCCCUCCAGAGGAGGAAAUAGGACAGAGAGGAUUGAUGAUAUUUCUCCAGGGGAUGCCCUGUCGUUUGGUCGGUCUGGAAAUGGUGCCCCUGUUAGAACUAAAUCUGGAAGGAUUAGAACAUCUUUGACUGGAAAUCCAGAAAUUAGAUUCCAGGCGAAUGAGAGUGUUCAAAAAAGCAUCUGUAACUCUAUUAGGUUCGUUUAUCUAUUCAUUCAUCAUUCAUUCAUUGAGGAGCAGAUAAGGCAGAGGAAGGAAUUGGAGCAUAUGGAGAAGGAGGCGAACAUGGCAAUAAGUAGACAACUGGAGGAGGUAGAGGGUGAGCAGUGGGGUAAACCAGGUCCAGGAGGAUCCUACUGGAGACAAUCUGCUCUUACAGGACAAGGAUUCUUCGAUAAAAUGGGUUGGUCCGGAUCAGCUGAUCCCAGGAAAAGACAGUACGGGAUUAAAAACCAUGAAGCAGAGGAUAUAAAACGGGAAAUGGAGGAUUCUAAAAUAAGAAAAGAUAUUCAGCAUCAAGAUAUGAAUAGCAAUGUUGGAUUGGAGCUGGUUCCCUUGAUGAAAGACAAGGCGACUGGGAAACCACGAAAAGACCCAAGUACAGGGUAUAUGAUGUCUCACGCUCUCCAUUCUACUGAUGUUACAAAGCUAGCUGAUCGAAGAGGUACUGAGUACUCGAAGCCCCCUGCCCCUGAAGAACGGAAAAGAUACUGGGACACUUUGACCGGCCAGGUGAGUGAGAAGAUGGAUAGUAGUCUGCGCACGCGCGAGCUGGAUGACGAGCAGCAAAGACGACAUUACGAAUCCUGGGAUUCGUUUUGGGGAAGGCCAGGAUACGGAGCUCCCAGGGGGCAGCAGGGGCAUAAUAAUAAGUAUAUUCAGGGGGCAGCAGAGGCAUAA